CGCCCACCAUCCCGGGCGAGAGCAGCGCGGCGGGCACUGCAGGCUGGGCCGGGGGUGCCGCGCCCGCGCCCCCAAGAUGAUGAAGAGGCAGCUGCAUCGCAUGCGGCAGCUCGCCCAGACGGGCAGCCUGGGGCGCACCCCGGAGACUGCAGAGUUCCUGGGUGAGGACCUGCAGCAGGUGGAGCAGCGGCUGGAGCCCGCCAAGAGAGCAGCCCACAAUGUACAUAAGCGGCUGCAGGCAUGCCUGCAGGGCCAGAGCGGGGCGGACCUGGAUAAGCGGGUGAAAAAGCUGCCUCUCAUGGCUUUGUCCACUGCCAUGGCCGAGAGCUUCAAGGAGCUGGACCCUGAUUCCAGCAUGGGGAAGGCCUUGGAGAUGAGCUGCGCCAUCGAGAACCAACUGGCCCGCAUCCUGGCUGAAUUUGAGCUGACCCUGGAGAGGGAUGUCCUGCAGCCACUUAGCAGGCUGAGUGAGGAGGAGCUGCCAGCUAUUCUCAAGCACAAGAAAAGCCUGCAGAAGCUGGUGUCUGACUGGAAUGCUCUCAAGAGCAGGCUCAGCCAGGCAGCCAAGAGCUCAGGUGGCGGUCAGGGGCUGGGCGGUGGCCCAGGCAGUCAUAGCUACACUGCAACAGCCAACAAGGUGGAGAUGCUGAAGGAAGAGGAGGAGGAGCUGAAGAGGAAGGUGGAGCAGUGCAAGGAUGAGUACUUGGCAGACCUGUACCACUUCGCCACCAAGGAGGACACAUAUGCCAACUACUUCAUCCACUUCAUGGAGAUUCAGGCUGAUUACCACCGCAAGUCUCUGAGCUCUCUGGACACGGCCCUGGCUGAGCUGAGGGAGAACCACAGCCAAGCAGACCCCUCCCCCUCGAUGACGGCCACCCCCUUCUCCAGGGUGUAUGGGGUGUCGCUGGGAAGCCACCUGCAGGAGCUGGGCCGGGAUAUCGCCCUGCCCAUUGAGGCUUGUGUCGUCAUGCUGCUCUCGGAGGGCAUGAAAGAAGAGGGCCUGUUCCGUCUGGCUGCCGGGGCCUCUGUGCUGAAACGCCUCAAGCAGACAAUGGCAUCAGACCCUCACAGCCUGCAGGAGUUCUGCUCUGACCCUCAUGCUGUGGCAGGUGCCCUCAAGUCUUAUCUGCGGGAGCUGCCUGAGCCCCUGAUGACCUUUGAACUCUAUGAUGAUUGGAUGCAGGCAGCUAGCCUGAAGGACCCAGGGCCCCGGCUAGAGGCCCUCCAGGAAGUGUGUGGUCGCCUGCCCCGUGAGAACCUCAGCAACCUCAGGUACCUGAUGAAGUUCCUGGCACGGCUGGCUGAGGAGCAGGAGGUGAACAAGAUGACGCCCAGCAACAUCGCCAUUGUCUUGGGGCCCAACUUGCUGUGGCCCCCUGAGAAAGAAGGGGACCAGGCCCAGCUGGAUGCAGCCUCUGUGUCAUCCAUCCAGGUGGUGGGCGUGGUGGAGGCCCUGAUACAGAGCGCAAACACUCUCUUCCCUGGAGACAUCAGCUUCAAUGUGUCGGGCCUGUUCUCAGCACUUGGCCCCCAGGACAAGGGCAGUGAGACCUCUGAGGAGCCUCUAGCGGUUGAUGAGCCACCCCCCAACCCUGUGCCCACCUCAGCGGCUGUCAAGGAAAGGACAGAGCCUGAGGCAUCCCCAAGGCCAGCCUCCCCCAAAGUCAACAGAAGCCCCCCAGAACCAGUUGCCCCAGCAGAGGACACCGCUAGGAGGAGAACCGGGAGCCUGGCUGCUGCUGUGGAGAUAGCCUCAGGGCGCCAGGCCGUGGUGGUGGGCAAGCCCAGCCCAUAUAUGUUUGAGUGCAUCAUGGAGGACUUCAGUGUGGACCCUGACCGCACACUCAUGGUGGGUGACCGCCUGGAGACCGACAUCCUCUUCGGCCACCGCUGCGGCAUGACCACCGUGCUCACACUCACUGGCGUCUCCCGCCUGGAGGAGGCCCAGGCCUACCUGGUGACAGGCCAGCACGACCUUGUGCCCCAUUACUAUGUGGAGAGCAUUGCAGACUUGAUAGAGGGCGUGGAGGACUGAGCCUGCAAGACCCACCGGGGCAGGCCCACCCCACCUCCACCUGCACCCUGGUGAGGGCUGGGGGGUGGGGGGCAUUAGAGCCUUCCGCUGGCAGUGGCUGGGCACUCUUUACUGUCCCAGAAGCUGCUGCCCUGCAGCAAGUGUCUAUCCUGGCCUGACCCAGCCAAGUGGCCAUCUGCCCUCUGACCUUCCUGCCUUGUAAACAGGGCUGUGGUGUCCCUUGAAGACUGAACACUUAACCCCCUGCCCCUUCUCUGGAGCCUAGAGAGCUCUACCUCACACCUCCCAGGUCCUGGUUCUUGUUGACCAAUCAGAGGCUGAGGCAAUUGUCCUGAACCCUGAAUGAACCAAUCAGAAAAGUGAGCAAUUCAUUGAGGUUGUGUCUGGCAUGGAUCCAUUGGGAGGCUAACAGUGGUCUGGUGAGAUCCUGGAACCUGAGUGGACCAAUCAGAUAGCUAAGUGACAAUGACACUUUUGUCCUAGAGCCUGGGUAGACCAAUCAGGACACCAGGUACUAAUUGGUCUUUUAGAUUCUGAAUAGAACAAUCCAGAAAUCAGAGAGGCAAUGGCCUGUUGGAAAUCUGGGUCUGACCCAGUUUCUUAGGGCUCCAGAUUUCUGGCUAUCAAUAAGGGUCCGAGUACCGCAGACACCCCUGUUCCACAAAGAUUGUGGUCCAGUGGACCACUUAGUGGCUCUUGGGCUCAAAGCCCUACCCUUCCCGACCAUGGAACUGGCCCCAUGUUGCUGGUGGCCACAACUCAGGAGAGGGGCUUGCACACCCCUCUCUGUUGUCAGUGUUUGCUGUGCCACUUCUCCCCUUGCCCACCCCCAGCUAUUUAUUGAUCAUGUGCCGGUGUCGGUGAGGGUGGGGGCCGGGCCUUCCCCUCCACUGCUGUUGUAACCGAUCCAAGCGUGCUUAAUAAAGUGUGAGUGGAGUGUC